AGUAUCUUUCGGAACAAAUGCACACUUUAAUUGCGGGCGACUCGGGGAAAAAAAAAGGGGAUGAAUCGGAUGAUUUUGUUUCGAGUGUCCAUUUGUCAGCCAUUGUUGCUUCAGAUGCUCUUUGAAAAGUGGCGCCUUUGCUUUCCAUUCAAAACCUUCUUUAGAGAGCGAAUCUGAGAGCGAUAGAGAGCCUAAAAACCCUAAGUGGUGUCCGAGACAGAGAAAGAGAGGAUGAUAUUGAGGACUCCGCCACCGAAGAAGCAACGGUCCGAAACGAGGGAUCCGGGCAGCCUGUUGGCCGCCGCGUCAGACCUGCCUCUCGUUAUCUACGAGGAUCCUCCUUCAGCGGCGCCCCCUCCCCAGUCCUCCUCGGGCGAACACUUGCUCUGCACCUACCAAUGUCGCCAAAUGGUUAAAUCGGAUUUCUUUGACGCCUUAAGCUGUGCAGAGAAGCAAGUUGACGACUACCAGUCUAGAUCGAAGGCUUUGGAGGAGAAUUUUAGCAAAGUUGAAGCUGAGAGGAAGCAAAUUUCAGAUCGAUUCCUAUAUUCAGAACAAGAACUUGCUGCUGCAAAAGGGCGCGAACAGGCACUGCAAGAGCAGCUUUUGAAAGAGGUGAAUGAUUUUCAGGAGCGAUUUAAAAAACAAAUACAAUCACACAGCGAACUUGAGGUAAAGCUCCGCAAUGAAAUGAAUCUUCGCUUGAAGGCUGAUGCUUCAACAGCUUCAGCUGAAGAGAAAGCAAGCAUUUUCGAGAGAAAACUGAGCAAUCUUUCCGAAAGCAUAGAGAAGGAGAAAAAACGUCUCCACAAUGAGAUCGAAUUGCUGAAAAGAGAUUCAAAACUUUCUGUUUCUAGAAUAAGUUUAGAUCUUGAAAGAAUGGAAUGCAGAGCUAUCAAUGCUGAGGAAGAAUCAGGCCUUUUAAAAGAGCAGCUGGAAGAUCUUAAGAAGCAACUCACUGAGUGCAUGCAUCAGAAGAGUGAAGUGGAGAAGAAAUUAUCAAGCUUCACAUUUCAAGAAGCUUCUUCUACCGAUAGUAAUAUUUUGGUUAAACAUUUGCAAGAAGAGCUUAGGAACUACGAAUCCGAAGUCAGAGAGGCAAGGAAGUUGAGAUCAUCUCGUGAAAACAUUGAAUUAUUGAAGGAGAAAUUAUCGGAAGAGAAGGGCCGCAGAGAGAGGGCAGAGGGAGAGUUAUCUAAAUUACAUGAAUUCCAGAUGAGUAUGAAGAAGCUGGAGGAUGAAUUGUCAUCUUGGAAGUUGAUGAUCAAAGAAAUUCCUGGUGUGUCAUGUUCCGAGGAUAUACCUGUUAAAUUUGCAGCUUUGCAAAAAGAGGUGAUCGAUUGCAUGAUGAAGGAGGGAGAUGCAAAUGCCCGCUUAAAACAAAUGGAGGUGGCUCUUGAUGCUGCGCAAAGUGGAAAGCACAUUGCUGAAACUGAGGCUGCAUUUGCCAAAGAGAAAGCAGAAGAAUCAAAAUCAGAGGUUAAGCAGGUUGAAGUGAUGCUUUCCAUGAUUACCGAAGAAAGAGAUAAAUUGAGAGAUCUUGUCAAUGAAUGCAAAAGGCUAAGGAACGAUGAGCAAGGAGAUGAAACAGUCAGUGGGACGCUUAUUCAGGAGCUUGAAUCAUCUCUUGCAAAGAAAGAAUCAUGUAUUAAAGGACUAGAGAGUAGUUUACAUGAACAGAAGAAAGUCAAUACUCGUCAAUCUGAGGAGAUAAAGUUGCUCAAUGAGAGGUUAAAUAACGAGGCAAGAAGAAUAAAGUCACUGGAGAGAGAGAGUGAUCGGCUUCGUUCAGAGAUUUCCCUAUUGGAGUCAAAGUUGGGUCAUGGUGAUUAUUCUUCUGCAAAUACAAAAGUCUUGAGGAUGGUAAAUACUCUUGCAGUUGAUAAUGAGGCUAAACAAACCAUAGAGGCAUUACAGACUGAGUUACAGAAGACAAAGGAGAAGUUACAAGCCGUUGAAGAAUUGAGAAGUCAGUCAGGUGAUGCUGGGAAACUGGUGGAUUCCUACAUAUCUGGGAAGGUAGCACAGUUAAAAGAACAAAUUGCGACUCUUGAAAAACGUGAAGAGAGAUACAAGACUGUUUUUGCCGAUAGGAUUUCAGUUUUCAGGAGGGCAUGUUGUGAACUUUUUGGUUACAAGAUUGUAAUGGAUGAACAUCUGCGUGCUAAUGGAAUACCAGUCACACAUUUUACUCUCCAGUCUAUAUAUGCACAAGGCGAUGAUGAGAAACUUGAAUUUGAAUAUGAAUCGGGGAAUACAAUCAUUUUGGCGAAUGAUUACACCUCUCAACCUGAGAUAUCCCAUCAGGUGGACAUAUUUAUUAGGAAGUUGAACUCGAUUCCAGCUUUCACUGCCAACUUAACUGUGGAGUCUUUUAACAGGCGAACCCUAUCUUAAGAAGUUUUUUGGCCCAAAUCUUGAACUUUAGAUCUCUCCUGCAGAUGAAUCGCCAGACUUGUAGAUUUUGCUACCUAGUCAUAUCUUUGUCUAGGUCAUUCAACAUAUCCCAGAACAAUCCCACAUGUAUGUUUGACGAAAGGUUCGUAUGAUGAAAUAAAUCGAUCAUGGGUUUUGCUUCAUCUGCUUGUAUUCUUAUGAAGUGUAUGCAUCCUAUAGACUUCAUGGCAUAAAAUUCGGUGAGAAUUCACCUCGGCAGUUGAUAAAUUGUAAAUAACCUCUUGACCAUUCAGGUGGACGCAUAAUUUUCCAAGUGUUGUAACGGUGGUA